AUGUCAGAAUUUUGUGGAGGAGGUGAAACUAACUGCCUGCGAUUUAGUGAAGAUGUGGAACUUUUUGAAGAAGAUUGCCGCUAAUCGUCUGUUCAACAGGUGUCAAUUGAAUUUUGAUUCUUGCCUACUAUCCGGAAAGUCUUAUGAUCCAAUGACCUUAUAAAGUACCAGUUCAGAGCUCGAAGGAAAAUCUAUGGUUAAUUUAAAACUACCGAAGAUUUUUUAUUUUCAUAUGAGAAAAAAGUAAUCACUAUUGGGUUUCUAAUCAUCAGAAAUUAAAUAAGUUCCCAAGUGUUUUUGAAUUUUCAUUAAUCCCUGUAGUCAUAAAUACUGUAUACACAGUGACGCAUUCGCUACAUAAAAUAAAUUAUUCCCGCGCGAUAUAUAUAUAUAUAUGAUAUAUCCAUAUGAUAUAUAUUCAUAUGGAAGUUUUUUAAUCGAUUAUGAUUAAUCAUCUUGAAUUUUUUGCUUUGGUAUUUUUGUUAUUUUUUGAUGUUGCCGAAAAUUAAUAUAAAAAGUUCUAUGCUCCCUAUAAGGUUCGGUUUUAUUUUCCUGGAAGUUUCGUUUUAUUUCUCUUUUUUUAGUGGGAUCGCUGGUGAUUUUUGAGAAGUUUUUCUCCAUUCUGUUUGAGCGGAUCGUGCUGUUUCUUCUAAUUUUGCGUCGGAAAGCGGUGAGUUCUUACGAACUUUUUUCAUCAAUAUUUUCUCAUGAAGAAAACUUUUACAAAUCUUCCAUGAUAUAAAUGUCAUAAAAUAAUAAGUUGCGACUUUUUAUCCCAGAAUUAUCGAGUUCUUAAAAUUUUUGAAAGUAUUAAGCAAGUGUUUAUUUGAAGAGUAUGUCGCGAGUGUUAAAAAUUCUGUGUGGAACUGGUGGAUUUGAAUGCAAAUGGAGCGAACAAACACUUGGAAAUAUUUAUAUAGUAAACAGUCAAAGGCUUUGAGUUUAGUAAAUUAAUUUACGUAUAUUAUUUUUAAAAUUGAAAUCUAAAAUUUUGUCUUAGUGUAAAGCCAAAAUGCAAAGUUCAAGCACUUUAUAUUUAUAAAAUUUAUGAAUAACUUCUUAAUUCAUGGUCAAAAUCCUUUAUUUUCGACCAUUCAGUAUGGAGUACAUCCAAUGAAAAAAGAUUUCCGGAACAGUGUUUCUUUUUUAAGCAAAGAGCGUUUUGGCGUUUUACUGCUGUAGAUAAAUUUGGACACUAUCAGUUUCCCUUUCUACUUUUUCCGCAGUUGGAGAAGGUAUGAUGGAGGACGGGGAGGGAAGAUCAAGACGGACAGCCUUGGGAGGUCGAGCAAGGCCGAACUAGCCUUUGUCGCAGUUCGGCGACCCCACAAGGGUUACUUAUGCGGCUGAUCUUUUCCUUGUGCCCAUCUUUCGACGUCUUCAUUUAGAUCUCGCUCUCAGUAUUUUGAAAUAAGAGACAAAGUUAACUCUGCCUUUGCGGCGUUUUUUGGAUUCAAUCAAGUUUGCGCAAUCACUCUUAGUACAUGUUGGCCACAGCCUUUCUGUUAUUUACAGCCAUGAGUUUCGAACUGUGGUGUUAGAUUCCUCUGCGUUCAAUAAGUUAAUAAAGGAAUAUCUUUCUUCCGCGCUUUCACUGUUCACUGUCUUUUCCCUGAACCGUAAAUGAAAUCAAACCAAACUGUUCAAUAUUAAUAGUUUUUGCGAUAAGUGAAUGUUGGAUGACGCUUCCGAAUUUCUUCCCCGCUGGGUUUGUAAGUUGUACCCAUUGCCGAAAGCUGGCUUUUGUAGGAAACCAGUUUCCGGGUAAAGUCUUAUUCGAAAGCCUCUUUCUUCUCUUUUUAUUGAUGAUCCCAUCCAAAAGUUUUUGUUUGAAACGGCUUUCGUGUCAUGAAAGCUUUCAGUGGUUCCUAAGUGAUGCACUCAAGUUUUCGAUAUAUUUCUGCUAGAAAUUAUUUUGAAGUCAACUUUACAACAAAAUUUCCUAUGUUUUAACUAAAUAAGACGUGUAUAUAGUAUAUUCGUAAUUUUUAAUAAUAAAAAGUGGAUUUACUCUUAAGUUGUUAUCAUAUCAAAAAAAGUUGUUUGAUUCAUUCGAGGCAGUCUUUUUUUUUUUUGAAGUAGCGAGAAUCGUUUUCGGUUCAAUAUUAAUCUGAGAGCGUAAGUUUUGCUCCAAGAUCUUCUUUCUUAUCGCUUCUGCGCUCACUAUGAAAAAGUUUUUGGUCAAAAAAUUUCAAAAAAUUUCAGAAAUUGAACGUGAUUCCACGAGGUUCAGGUCAUAGGACACAUGAUGGGAAAAAAAAUACUUGUACCUGAAAUAUAUUUUCAAACGAUCCCUUUCGUUGAGAAAAAAAUGGCGUGAUGAUAGUCAGAGACGUCACUUUCCAAAAGAAAAGAUCUUCAAAAGUACAAUCGCCCUUCUCAUCAUAUCACUUGUCUGACUGAACACAAUUCUUGUUUAUUCAAGUUACGAACAAGUUGAAAAGAAAUCGUUAUGAAAUAUUGAAGGAAAGCCCUCAGAAAUUUGUCCAGAGAUGUCGUGUGAUGGACGGUACGACUCUUGGGGCGGUCCCCUUCUCUUUUCUCGUUCAAGGCCCUUUGCACAUAUUUUUUUCCUAUUCCCAACCUCGACGACCCAAGAACCGUUUCUUGCUUCUUGCUUUCUGAUUUCUCCUCUACGAGUUCCAUUUCUUCUCUGUCAUCUUCAUCUAGUCGCCGUUAUUUCUCAGUUCAGGUUUACCGUCAUUACCGUGCUGUUUGUUUUUUUAAAAACACAGAAAAAGGCGCAAAAGGCUUGUGAAAGAGUUGUGACGAAGGUCAUUAGUGUUCUGUUGUGUCAUAAUCAAUCGCUUUCACGAAAAAAAAGAGAAAAAGGGCAGAUCCACGCUAAUUUAGAAACAAAAACUCGAAAGAGCUGUUGAAAAGAGGAGAAAGUUGACGGUUGAACCCGUUUUUUUUAAAUUUUUGUGGGAGAAUAAACUGAGUCAAACAGAAUCAAUUCGGAUAUUGUGUUAGAUUUUCAGAAACAUAUUCCAAAACAGACAAUCUUUGGAAAUUCCAAUGGAUUCGAUUGAAGUUUUUAUAAAUUUUCGAAAAUUUACGAUUGCCUCCAAUCUUCCUACGAUUAUUAUCCGCAGUCGCAAUUUCUCCUAAUGGCUAACUAGCUCCACCACGCCAUAAAAUACAUGGGCAGAUUAUUUUGUCGACCCCAGUCCAUUUUUUUUAACAUUAAAAAGAGGACAGCCAAAAAAUUUAGUCUAUCUCUCCCCGUUAUUCGGAUAAUGUUCGUGAAUAAACCUUAUCUGUUCCAAAUUGAACUCUGACAUUUUCCAGAAGUUUAGCGCUAGUGUACAUUUUUUUUUUGGGAAUUUCUCGAUCUCUGUAGAUUCUCAACUUCAUUGUAUUGACCUUCGAUAGGCCAAAAGUUUGAAAAAAGGGCUCGAUUGGACUGGCCACAGAUUGUUCGACUCACCUUGUUUCACCAACAGACGGAUGGCUCUUAUCUCCUCUGCCAUCAACACUUUCGGCGAAAAUUUCCGGUUCUGUGUUCUCAUGGAGGAAAGGCGUGAGGUACGAGGGUGCUGACCACCUUUGAAUGGAGACUUCGAUACUGAACUUCGAGCCAACUACACUCAAAACCUCCAGGCUAUUUUUGACAAGAAAACCCAUUGCAGUGCGAAUUUUUUUUAUCAUGAGAAAUUGAAUAUAAAUAUUAUAAUGCUUCGACAAAAGUUUUGAAUUUUUUUUUCAGUUUUUUUUUCCAUUCCAAAGAAGUGAUACUCCACUGACCCUAUUAUAACUCGUAUCGUCGGAAGACGGUAAGAAUGAAAGCAGAAAUCCUACCUAUGCGCUAAUUAUGUCACCUUGAAACCGCUCCCGAAGUCCCUCAUAAGCCUUCCAAGUCCGAAAACGACCUCAAUCUCGCCUCUUGAGAUCUUCUUGACAUCGAUGAUGAUGAUCUAGACGACAAAACACGUUGAAUUUCUGCAGAAGUUUCUCGAACCCAUCUACUACAGUUUUCUUCUGAUUGUUUGAGAAUUUGUCAUAUCAAUUUUCUUCUAUUUUAUGUUUUUCUAGGAAAAAAAAACCUUGAUCUCAUUCUUUUUCCGGUCAAUGUCAGAAUGGUUUUUUCUCUUCUCUUUUUCUUAGUAUUGUGUUGAACGUUUCAAACCGUUUUUCUCACUGUAAAGUCUAGCAGAAAAGCUUUUUGAAGAUCUCGAAUCUUCCGACGGUUAAAAAAGCUUUUAUCAGGGAGGUUUUUUUUUGAUUUAUUUUUCCUUUCAAAAUCGCAAGAACAGGCGUUUUUGAAACGAAAUUUCUGACCAUAACUACAAGUAGAACAUAAAAAGAAGGACUUAUGUAUGACUUAAAACUGUUCUCAGAUAGGGUUUAGGUUUUUUUUUCUUGUCACCUAUCUACUUGCAAAAAAAAAACAGCCUCUUUAUGUCUUGUUAUUUUUUGUCUCGAUGAAAAAAUGUAAUGAUUGACGUUUUUGGCAUUUCCUGUUCUUGACACUUUUUGCUAAUUUUCGGGGGAUGACAUAAAUUAUUGCUUCAAAAUAUCAGUUCAGCCAUUAGAAGUAUCAAUUUCUACACAAGUGAAGAUAUGAAUUUUUUUAUUGUUUCAAAGCUCAUACGAGACUAGUUAAUUUUUUUUUCCUUAUAAUGGUACCGCGGAAACCUUGGAACGUUUGUAGGUAACCCUGUUUUUUUUUCAAGGUUACCAACAAAUAAAGAUAUUAUGACCGUUGUGAAUUGGAAAAAACGAUAUUCGGAAGGAUGCUCCAUGAGUUGCACCUUUCCGGGAAGAAUCGAUAGGACCACGAGAACGGCGGAAUGUGGAACGAUCCGAGGCGAAGAUUAGCAUCUUUUGGUGGCUGCCCGCCUCGUUUUGCCUCCUCCGAAGCGCUUCUCUGGUACGUGUUUCGUGUUUGCGAAUCACCUCCUGACCCAAUUUUCAUUGUCUUGCUCUUUUCGAACCCAAUCUGUACUUCAAAAAAGUUCUUUUUCUCACUAUCUCAGCCCUUUUUCUGAUUUCAUUUCACCAAAUAACUCAAUAUUCAAUAAUGAAAUUUUAUAAUACCGCCGAUUGCGGUUUGCCAAACGAGAUUGGUUUUAUCUGUUCUUCUUCUAUUUUCUAAAAAACCGUUUUUUUCUUUUCUUUUUCCCGUUCUUCCUAGGUGACUGUUAUAACUUUUUUUUUCAAUUAAAAAACUCGAAAAAUGACAAAAAGCAGAGUCAUAAAAAAUUUGAUGGGAUUUUAAUCUUUCAUUGUUUUUUUCCGGUCAUGAUGGCCUCACUUAUAAUUUACUAUGGACUGAACUUUUUUCAAGUAAUGAUUGAUCAUCUCUCACUUAUUUUUAGAUUUUUCGAUUUCAUGAAAUCGUUUCAAGACGCGAGCUUUCAUGAAAAGUUCGUCUUUAUCAUUUUUUAAGCCACGAAGUUUUUUAAUCGUUUUUCUGCAUUCUAAAGUUGUUCAAAAUGUCCUGUUGGAUGUUUCGAAGUGACUACAAAAGACAUGAAGGUCACGGAGCGAAGAGCUCUUUUCAGUGUUCGUUCAGGCUAUCCAAGACUUCUGCGCCUUCAGUCUCAUCAGAAUUUUUUUCUAUGAGUUCUUCAAAACCACCGAUUUAUCUAGUACAAGUAAUUUCAGAGAAAAAUAGCAAAUAGAUUGUCAAAAAUAAUUUCAUCAGAAAGUGGUUAGAGAUAUGUUGGAGAACUCGCAAGUAAAAGUUAUUACCACGAAGAUGCAUCAACCCAUCGAAACCAGUUCUGAGAUUCUCGCCAAACUUCUCGAGAACCGUCUCUUCUGCCUGAUCGACACCUUUUCCAAUUCAAACUCGGCGCCGAUAUUCCCUUUCUUGCAAAAGUAGAAGACACCUGAAAACUGGUUUUCCAAUAAUUUCCGUGUUUGAAUUUGCCGAAAUGGCAUUCGGCCAAAGUUUUAGAAAUGAGAAAAUAUUUUUUUUUUCUCAAAUCGUAGCCAGUUAGUGGUUUUUCUUUCAGAGUUUUAUCAUCAAUUAAUUACGUUGUCUUCGAUGAUCUCUUCAGAGAGUUCUUCAAAAAAUUAGUUUUCCAUUGGUUAAUGUUGUUUCCGUAAAAUUUUCUUGUUAAAUAUCUCGGAUUCGCCCUCUUCGUGAUAUUUGUUCAUGUGUCCGAAAAAAGACGAUUUUUCAGAAAUGGACAAUUAUGUCCUGGUUGAUCCGUUGUCCGCGAAGCCCAUAGAAUGCUGGAAGAAGUACCUGAAGCAGGGCCGCGUUUGUGAGCCGGGGAAAACUCUCAGGUAGGCCUCUACCAAGUGUUAACCGUCAGAAAGUCUUUUAAACUGUUCAUUAUUCGAUUCAAUCGUGAUUCAAGUUUUAAAAAACUUGAUAUGCGUAAGAGAACCAUUUUAUCAUUCUACCUUUUUCUUUAAAAAGUCUUAAGUCAUAAUUUUAAUUACUGGAACGAACAGCUCGAUUUUUUUUUCAGUAUCGUUUGUAGAGCGUCACAUUUGCAAUUCAAAGACGAAAACAGUUUUGAAAAUAAUUUUUUAAAUUGCAACAAACUCUACAAAAGUCAUAAGGACAAAAUUUAUUUUUUUCUUUUGAGCUGAAAUUUUCUCAAGUGCUCUAUCUGAACGUUUUGUUUGUGAGGCAAAAAAACUUGAAUGUAGUUUUCAGAAGCGUUCCAGUUUUCAUAGUUUAUCGAACUUUCAAUCUCCAAGGUACAAAUUUCAUGUGAACAAAAGAUCCUGUUGUAAACAACAGUCACAAUGAAAAGUCCUUCAGACUGGACACGCCCAUCUACGAAAAUAAGGUGCGCUUCGUUUGCAUAUCGGACACACACGAAAAACUUCACGAGGUAAGCCGCUGACCUUAAAAAAGCUUGAAUUUUUUCGGUGCGCAGGAGAGAAAUAAGGUUUUGUAGGUGAUGCCGUAUAUUCCUGACGGGGAUGUACUCAUUCACGCCGGCGACUUUACGAAUUAUGGCGACGUCGGAGAAGUCAUCAAAUUUAAUGCCGAAAUCGGUGAGGGCAGAAAUGCGUGCAACGACUUUUUGAGAAUGAGGACGGCCAUCCAAAAAAAAACCUGUAUUCAAACUUCUGUUCUCUUUUAUGAUUGGGAUUUUUCAAUUUUCAAAGUUUCUUUUCAUCAUGGCCUAACCUCAAGUCAUAGGAAGAAAGUUCAAAGAGAGGUGGCUUGAAAAAUCAAAGGAAAAGCGCGCAAAAGUGUAACAAGCGAAUUAAAACAAAGAUCGUUGACCUUCUACCUCGAGUAAAGAUUGAAAGAUUAAAAAAGUAAUGUCCUCUGCGUUUAUAGUGUGUUCCGAGUUCCUUCGAAGGAGCAAUGACUGUGAUCAUAGAAGUAUGAAGACAGAGAACCGCUUGCAGGGUUAUAUAGGGUCAUGUAAGGUCUCCGUGCAUGAAAAACCCUGAAAAUAACCUAAGACAGAAUUUUGUCAUUGACGGUCGUGGAAACUUUUUUCUUCGUGUUCUUCACUUUCUCGACAAGUUCUUGAAUACCCUUUUUUUCCAAUAAAACUUUUUUCUCGACGAUUAAAGGGCGACCUGAGUUUUUCAUGGUAGACGGUGUCUUGGGAAAUACAAUUCUACUCUGUUUACGUACUUUGAAAAGUUAGAAGAAACUGCAUUAUAGUUGAGAGAAUAGGAAAGUUUCGAAGAGAUAAGCAUGAAAGUUCAAAGGAAAAAAACAGGGGAAAAGGGUCAUCAAGUAGUUCGCAUUCAUAAUUUUAAAGUGGAAAUGUUCAGGAAAACUGCCGCACAAACACAAGUUGGUGAUAGCUGGCAACCACGAGCUCGGUUUUGAAGACGGCGAAGAAAUGAGCGAAAGACUGACCGCCGGACUGAACAUGCUCGGAAUCAAGAAGGCCUACGAACUCCUCUCCAACUGCACUUACCUCUGCGACAAGAGCUACGAGGUCGCAUUAAUUUAAGAGAUAAGAGCUACGAGGUCGCAUUAAUCGUCUGAUUAAUAAGACCUUUUUUCUGACAGAAAAGAGAAAGAAAAUUUCAAGAAUAAGCUCAUUGCAAGUUUUUUUUCUCAUUUUUUUCUCCGUUCGAACCAACUUCUCAGCAAUGAAUUGUUUUUAUGAAUUAUUCGAAAAUUUCGGGUUAUGAGAGCAAGAAAUGCGAUUCUCCACUCUGUGAAGAAGAAGAACUUGAUUACAGGUCUAUGGACUGAAGAUCUAUGGCGCUCCAUGGCACUCGAUGCCUGGCUACGCUUUCUACCGACCGCGAGGCCAGAAGAUUCUUCACAAAUGGAAUCAGAUUCCUGCCAAAAUCGACGUCCUCAUCACACAUACGCCGCCUCUCGGUCAGUUCUGCAAUCUGUCAUUUCUACGGCUGUUUCAGGACACGGAGACUUCAACGCUUGGAACAAAAUGGACGGGAUUCUGGCCGGUUGCACUGAACUUUUGAACACUGUCGAACAGCGUGUCAACCCCAAAUAUCACGUCUUCGGACACGUCCAUCAGGUCCGUUUUCUCAUCAGAGAAUAGAUAUACGAUCAUAUAAAUCUUCAUCCUUAUUGCACCUGAUGUUUUGUCAAUUUUCAGGUGAUGAAAAUAGGGCUAUAGAAAGAUCUUAAAGGAAGAUAGGAUUUCAUAGCUAAAUUGGAAGUAUUUUCAAAUUUAUCUCAUAUAGAUUUUUUCUAAUUCAUAGAUUUCCGAUUUCCAGUUGUUCUUAAAGUUUGAGAUGAAUCGUAUUCGCUCGUGAGCUCAUCUUCGACAUAAAUGUGUGGAAACAUUUAUUUUACCGAAAGAUAAUCUUUAAUUUUUGCCCGUGAUUUUUUUGCCAUACCCCUUAUACGUGCAUGCACCUUUUCGAUUGUUAGAAGUCGGAACGAAAGGAAAGAAUUCAGAAGCACGGCGUGACGACGAACGGAACGACGACGUUCAUCAACGCGGCGCUGUGCGAUCACAAGCUCCGGAGCGCCUACGACCCCAUCAUUUUCGACUUGCCUUUGCCUCCUGGCCACACCAAAUGUUGA